AACUCAGGCCACGGUGAUUUGUUUUUUUGGAAAGAGCAGCUCAGCGAAGGAAGCACUGCUGCGUAUCUUCAAACCUCAUUCCAACCUGACUGAUCAUCAGCAGAGCAGAAAGGCCACGUUGCUGCCAGAAGUGCUCACCAUGGGCUACACCGUAACUGAGCCAGUGUCGGACUGUGUUGCUGUACUGCUAGUACUUGUCCUGUUGCUGCUCCUCACCGGCUGGGAGCGAAGACACUGGUCACAAAUACCAGGUCCGUCCUUCCUAGCAGGACUAGGUCCAAUCGUCUCCUACGCCAGGUUUAUCUGGACUGGCAUAGGAACAGCAAGCAGCUACUACAACAACAAAUAUGGCAACAUUGUGAGAGUGUGGAUCGGCGGUGAAGAGACUCUCAUCAUUAGCAGGUCCUCCGCAAUAUAUCAUGUUCUGAGGAGCCCCAACUAUAUCGCACGAUUUGGGAACGAAAAUGGACUGGAGUGUAUUGGAAUGAAAGGGAGGGGGAUUAUUUUUAACAGCGACGUGGAACUCUGGAGAAAAGUCAGGACUUAUUUCUCCAAAGCCCUGACAGGACCCGGUCUUAAAAGGACAGUGUCUAUUUGCAUGAAAUCCACAUCGGAACAUCUGGAUCACCUCCAAGACUUGACAGACCCGUCAGGACAUGUGGACACUCUCAAUUUGCUGAGAGCCAUAGUGGUGGAUAUCUCCAACAAACUAUUCCUCAGGGUGCCCAUCAAUGGUCAGAUACAAGCACACACGCACAGUAUAUGCAGUACAUGCAACACUCAAACUACCAAAACAAAAAGCUUAUGUCUAAUAUUUCACUCAGAAAAUGAUUUGCUGAUGAAAAUCCAAAACUAUUUUGAGACGUGGCAAGCAGUUCUGAUCAAGCCGGAUAUAUUCUUCAAGAUUGGCUGGCUCUACGACAAACAUAAAAUUGCAGCCCAGGAACUACAAAAUGCAAUGGAGACGCUCCUUGAAAUUAAAAGAACCACUAUCAAACAAACAGAGAAGCUGGAUGACGACCUCGACUUUGCUACGGAGCUCAUCUUUGCUCAGAACCAAGGGGAGCUCUCUGCUGACAACGUGAGGCAAUGCGUGCUGGAGAUGGUGAUCGCAGCUCCAGACACUCUCUCCAUUAGCCUCUUCUUCAUGCUGAUGCUGCUGAAACAGAACCCGGACACGGAGCAGAGCCUUGUGGAGGAGAUGAACUCUUUCAUCAGUGAAAGUGGAGCAGAAAAUGUGGAUUACACACGCCUGAAAGUGCUGGAGGUCUUCAUCAACGAGUCCAUGAGGUUUCAUCCUGUGGUAGAUUUUACCAUGCGAAAAGCUCUGGAAGAUGACAUCAUUGAAGGCAUCGGCAUUAAAAAGGGAACCAACAUCAUUCUCAACAUUGGGCUCAUGCAUAAGACGGAAUUUUUCCCAACUCCCAAAGAGUUCAACCUCCACAAUUUUGACAAAACAGUUCCUAAACGUUUCUUUCAGCCGUUCGGUUGCGGCCCUCGCUCCUGCGUAGGCAAGCACAUCGCCAUGGUGAUGAUGAAGGCCAUCCUGGUCUCACUCCUUUCUCGGUUCAGCGUGUGUCCUCGCCACGGCUGCACCAUCAGCAGCAUCCGGCAGACCAAUAACUUGUCUCAGCAGCCAGUGGAGGACGAACACAGCCUGACCAUGCGCUUCGUUCCCAGAACACAACAUGCAUCAGCACUCAACACUCGCACCACCGGCUCAAGCUACCAGCAGCUUUAAAAUCACUGCAUGUUGAUUGCUGAAUACUCUUUUUGAAGACCACAUGUUAAUACCACUGCAAUUAACUGUUUCCAUACUUGCAUCACUGUGAGUCAUACACGUUGCAUAAAAAAUAAAUAAAACUAAGUGAUUAGUGUGAACACUUUGUUAAAUGAUGUAGAAACAUUUGUUAGUGGAUACUUUCUAAUACGCUUCUGCUUUGGAGAUUUGUAUCUGUCAGUAAUAUGCAACAAUAAUUAUUAGAUACUUGGUUGUAUUGACAAAUGUUUUAGACUGCAGUAUUUUAGGAUAUGUAGUACAUACUGUAUGGCUAGCUUGUGUGCUAUUGUGUGCUUAGCUGUUGUGAUGCUCCUAGCUUCUAGUUUAAUGUUACAUUUUGUAAAUGAACUAAAAUAGUACAUUUAGACGUUAACUGGCUGUCCAAUAGUAAACCCACUGCAGGACUGCUUGCAUAGGAGAUUUUAGAUGGAAGCUGUUUUCAACCAAUAAUUGUUUUUGUUUUUAGCUGAUAUCAGAUUGAUAUCAAUAUCAGAUCGGGCAACACCUCUUACAGAUGGGUGAAUCAUGAAAGAGUAGUUCAAAACCUGCAAGUAUUUCUGCACUGAGAUGACUCAUUUACUUACUCAACACUGCAAGUAAAUUCAAAUUAGGGAAAGUAGAGAAUGUGUCAAAAGCAUGAAUAUAUGUUGCACAGGUCAAGAGGGGCAGAAUUUGUGGCGAGUUUUUGGCAUUCACUUUGUGACUCGAGUACCUCAUUCAACUCAGUAACUCAUAACUCAAGUCAGUAAAACGAAACACGUUUCCCAUCACUGAUAGUCACACUUUUUUUUAAUCUACUGAAAGUUGGUCUUAUUUGUAAAUACACUUAUGGUUGAAUCAUUUUAAGUGUAACUGAUUGUGGAUAAACAGACAGCCUCCCAUGUUGAAGAGUUUGGAUUCUUGUAUCAGAAUAAAAAUGAACAGCUCAUGGUCGAAAGCAUACCACAUCAUGCAUCUAACAUGGUGGAGGCAUUGUUAA